AUGGAGCAGGUACACACACUUCCACGGCUACCUCUCUGCACACACAGAUGCUCUCAAGAGAUGGUCCCUCCUCCCCACCUCUCCCUGUCUCCAUUUAUAAUCACUUUUUGCAGAGGGUCAUGGUUAUUUCCAAAUAUUACUGGUCCGAUGACUUCCUCUUCCCAGUGCAAUUUCUCAUUUCCUAUUCCAGCCUCUGGUUCCUGGGCUGAGCCGUACCCUGGACCUGGCCCAGCCCUGCGCGUCUUCCCAUGGAAGGGGGACCUCCGCAAACAGCAGGCCUCCAUGAGGGUAGGCGAGUCACAGCCACCGUAG